GCCUCAGAUUCUCACUCCACUAGAGAGGAAUGUCGCAAGGUUGGGGUAGAAAACUCUGAGUUUACGACUGUAGCUCUCGCUUUCCGGCCAAUACUGAGGUGCCUGAAGGCUGGUUGGGGUGGUGAGGCCCGAGGCAGCUACUGGAAUUUCUGAUCAGCCCUGGUCAGGACAAGAUGGACCCUGUAGUUUUGAGUUACAUGGACAGUCUACUGCGGCAAUCAGAUGUCUCGCUGUUGGAUCCUCCAAGCUGGCUCAAUGACCAUAUUAUUGGAUUUGCCUUUGAGUACUUUGCCAACAGUCAGUUUCAUGACUGCUCUGACCAUGUCUGCUUCAUCAGUCCCGAAGUUACCCAGUUCAUCAAGUGCACUAGCAACCAAGCAGAGAUUGCCAUGUUCCUUGAACCCCUAGACCUCCCCAACAAGAGAGUUGUAUUUUUAGCCAUCAAUGAUAAUUCCAAUGAGGCAGCUGGGGGAACCCAUUGGAGUUUGUUGGUUUAUGUCCAAGAUAAAAAUAGCUUUCUUCAUUAUGAUUCCCAUAGCAGAAGCAACUCAGUUCAUGCAAAGCAGGUAGCAGAGAAACUGGAGACUUUCUUAGGCAGAAAAGGAGACAAACUAGCCUUUGUGGAAGAGAGAGCCCCUGCUCAACAAAACAGCUAUGACUGUGGGAUGUAUGUGAUAUGUAACACUGAGGCCUUGUGUCAGAACUUCUUUAGGCAACAACCAGAAUCACUACUGCAGCUACUCACUCCUACAUACAUCACAAAGAAAAGGGGGGAAUGGAAAGAUCUCAUUGCCAGACUUGCCAAAAAUUAGCUAUCAAAGAAUAUUUGCGGCUGUUGAAGUCUCCUCUUUCUGCCCAUCCCCAUCUAUUGGAUGGCUGUAAUCUCAGUGCCUGAAAGAAGAUGCCUGAUAUCUUAUUUUUCCCUGGAAGAAUGUCAUCUUCUGCAUUAUCCACAUGGAAAGUUUCACUUUAACCCUAACUUGAGAGCAAUAUGCUCUGUGAAAAUGUCUUGAAGUUAUGCAUCAAAACCUUAAAACCACGCUGUCUGAACAUUUAUUAUUUCCCUUUUUGUCUCCCUUAUUCCCAUUGGCUUAUUCAAAGGAAAAGCAGUGAUCUUUAAAGAAACCAAGUGUAUGUCAUAUCCAGAAGAAUGUAAGAAGAACAUUAUAGAAGAAUCAAAAACUUAUUGCACAGCCCUGCAUAUUUAAAGAGAUCAACUGGCUAGAAGCAGGUCAAGAUCUAACCUAAUUCAAGAUCUAAAUAUUCUAAGAAUCAGUUAUUCAGUUCUGUGAUACCUCUUCCAUUCUCCGUGCAGAGGCUUUCCCAGCUAUCUUUGUAACCUUUGCAGAUAUUUGAUAAAGAUGAUGUUAGCCCAUCUUCCCCCACUCUAUUCCUGGAGUGUUUUAAGAAAGGGGGAAUCUUUAACUUCAUUAAAAUAAAUGGCUGUUGGACCUUUUAGUUUGCUCAGUGAAUGGGUUGACUUGCUCCUCUGCAUUGAUAACAGCUUUUCUUCACCUUGUCUGUUAGCCAUGCAACACUCCUUCCUUUUAUAUCCAAAGUUCUGUGGUUUUAAAACUUAUAGCCAAUAACUUCCCAAGGUUGCCUGUUAUUUCUAAUAAAUAUUGCUGCUUUCUAAUAGUCAUAGUUUUUCCUUUCCUCUUUAUCCAUAAUCUGGCAGAAUUGUUUUCAACCAUGGUGAUUUCAGGACUAUUAUCAUAUCUGAAACUUGCAAACUGAAAGUUGGCUUGUUUUUUUUUUUGUUUUUUUUUUUUUGCAGUUAUAAAGCAGAUAAAGUGAGCUUUCUCAACCCUUUCACUUAAUUCAAAAUGCAGACGAUGUAAUCUUUAAAAUAUGGAACCAAGAAUAAAAAGAAAUGCUAUCCCUCCUAAA